AUGGAUUACGAACCACCAUUCCUGGAGACCUACAAGACCCUUUUGCAAAAACACGUUGGGGAUUCAAUGAAUGACUACUUCUGCUCUACAGUGGAGAGAUGCGAUAUACCUCUGAUCGACCUUGGGAAGUUGAGUGUUGAGAGGGAGGAAUGCAUGAGAGAAAUUUCAGAAGCUGCAAGAGAAUGGGGUUUCUUUCAAGUUGUUAAUCAUGGUAUUCCGCAGGAGCUGCUGAAGAGCAUGCAGAUUGAGCAAAAGAAAGUGUUCUAUCAACCUUUUGUGAACAAGUCAACACAGCAAGCUAUUUUCUCUACUUUAUCUGCCAAAUCUUACAGGUGGGGGAAUCCAUUUGCCACCAAUCUCAGACAACUGUCAUGGUCAGAAGCCUUUCACUUUUAUCUCAUUGACAUCUCAAGGUUGGACCAACAUGAAACUCUCAGAUCAAGCCUUGAAGUUUUUGCAACAAGAAUGUUGUCUCUGGCACAAAGCUUGGCGGAAAUACUAGCCUGCAAAUUGAAUGCGAAAUCGAACUAUUUUCGGGAGCAUUGCUUGCCGAAGACUUGUUUCAUUCGACUGAAUAGAUACCCUCCAUGCCCUAUAUCGUCAAAGGUGCAUGGCUUGAUGCCUCACAGUGACACCAGUUUUCUUACAAUCGUACAUCAGGACCAAGUUGGGGGAUUGCAAUUGAUGAAAGAUGGAAAAUGGGUUGGUGUCAAGCCUCAUCCACAUGCUCUGGUCGUUAAUAUUGGUGAUUUGUUUCAGGCAUGGAGCAAUGGUGUUUACAAAAGCAUAAAACACAGAGUGGUUGCUGCAGAGAAAGUGGAGAGGUUCUCAACGGCAUUUUUCUAUUGCCCAUCAGAGGAAGCAGUGAUUAAAAGCCAGAUGAAGCCAGCAAUGUACAGGAAAUUCAAUUUCAGGGAGUAUCGACAACAGACUGAGAAAGAUGUGAAGCACUCUGGGGAUAAAGUGGGCCUCGCCAGAUUUCUUUCUACGUAG